GUGACUCGAAUUAGAUGUGAGAUCAUUAACUAUUAUUACAGUUUCCCUACUGGUGCAAUUUGUUUGUUCAAAUGAAGGUAAUCUGACCCAAAAAAAAAACAGUGAAAACCUUCCAAUAUUCAAUAGAUUGGUAACCAAGAAACAUCCAUGUGAGAAACACAACUCUGACACGUCCACGGCAUGUGGAUAUUAUCUUCAUGUGUUUCCCUCUCCAAUAUUCUUUUGUCGGAGUUAUACAAGAGAAAGGAAUGCAGUGAGGUAAGCGUUGCUAAAACCCAAUUUAAGCCUUUUAAUGCUCAUUGUUUUUAUGUAAGCCCAUCUUCGGAUUCGGCCCAUUAAAAAAAAUCAAUUCUAAAGUGCUCUCUUUCUGGGCGACGGAGACGAUAGAGAGAGAGAGAGAGAGAGAGAGAGAGAGAGAGAGAGAGAGAGAUCCGGCGACAUGUUAAGCGCUUCAGCGACACCCAGCUAUUCCUUUGUUGUUCCGGAGAAACCAGUUCGUAUGAGGAUGAAACCAUCCGGCGCAGCAAUGAGAUCAUCAUCAUCAUCAUCAUCAUCGAACUUCGAUCUGAGGAAGUACUGGACAAAGCUAAUAAGGGAGAUCAACCAGAAGCUGGAGGAAGCGAUACCAGUCAAGUAUCCAGCGGGGAUCUAUGAGGCGAUGAGAUACUCAGUCCUCGCUGAAGGCGCCAAGCGUGCCCCUCCUGUAAUGUGUGUGGCCGCCUGCGAACUCUUCGGUGGCGAUCGACUCGCCGCUUUCCCCACCGCAUGUGCCCUUGAAAUGGUCCACGCGGCUUCGCUGAUUCACGAUGACCUCCCCUGUAUGGACGAUGAUCCUGUCCGCAGGGGAAAACCUUCUAACCACACUGUCUUCGGCUCUGACAUGGCCAUUCUCGCUGGUGAUGCUCUCUUCCCACUCGGCUUCCAGCACAUUGUCUCUCUCACCCCUCCUCACCUUGUCCCCCGAUCCACCCUCCUCCGCCUCAUCUCCGAGAUUGCCCGCACCGUUGGCUCCACCGGUAUGGCUGCAGGGCAGUACGUUGACCUCGAAGGCGGCCCCUUCCCUAUUUCCUUUGCUCACGAGAAGAAAUUCGGAGCCAUGGCUGAGUGCUCAGCCGUCUGUGGAGGUCUCGUGGGGGGUGCCUCUGAUGAUGAGCUUCAUAGCCUCAGGUUGUACGGCAGGGCUGUUGGGAUGCUCUAUCAGGUGGUGGAUGACCUCAGAGACGAUAAAAACAAGAAGAAGAAGAGCUACGCCGGAACAGAGAGGGCUAUGGAAAUGGCACAAGAGCUUAGUGUCAAGGCGAAGAAGGAGCUGCAAGUGUUUGACAAGUAUGGAGACACUUCAGUUGCUCCUUUUUACAGUUUCGUUGACUAUGCUGCUCACCGACACUUCCUUCUUCAUCUCUGAUUAUUAUUCAUGGACCCGUUUUCUUCACAUUUUGGGCUUGUAACAUUAUUAUUAGUUACUUAGCCACCUAAGAAUAUUGUAUUUUGUCUUUAGUAGUAUGAAUGAGUUGGUGGAUUAUAUUUUGUUUGAAUAACUUGUUGAUGUCUAACAAAGGAAAGUGUCUUCUUAUGUUUACACGCCAUUGCCAA